AUGACUCAACGCGACCUAAACGCCGCUGCUCAUGCAUGGCUAUCCGAUUUCCAUACAUAUAACGACUCGCUCAACCCCGCAGUUUCAGUCCCAAAGUUCUUCACAGAAGACUGCGUGAUGCAGUUUCCGGGACAACCCACGCUGAAAAGUCACGCCGCAAUUAUCGAUUUCUUCACCAAACAAUUUACCUUGUUGGAGAGCAUGAAACAUACCAUCAAGCAUGUUGAUGUGCUUCCAGACCGGAUUUACCAGGAAGCUUCCAUCUCAUACGUUGUGAAGGGCGACCCGGAAAAGAACCCCGUUGAGAUUCAGGGGUUGGCGGUAUUUGGGGAAAGGACAGAUGAGGAUAGGAUGAACUUUUUUACUGUGUAUCUGGAUCCAACGCCUCUCGCUAAAAGGAUUGAGAGUGUUACUGUAACUAAGAGUUCCUGGGAACGGGCAAGCUGGUCGUCGACCUGGGAGCAUCUUAUGCUCGACCAGGUCAGAGAUGAUACCCCGGAGACACUGCCGGAUCCUGUCGUUUUUGUCUAG